CUGAAGUCUCGUUUAGAGCCCUGUUCUGUUAUCGCGGGAUCUUCGCCAAGGCCCACCGCUAUUUACAACAGUUAACCCGCAUCCAUAUGAUGAUGAGUUAUUCAGAAAAGCCUGAAGAUAUUACGAAGGAAGAAUGGAUGGAUAAACUAAAUAAUGUGCACAUUCAGAGGGCAGAUAUGAACAGACUCAUCAUGAACUAUCUGGUAACAGAGGGUUUUAAAGAGGCUGCAGAAAAGUUUCGGAUGGAGUCUGGAAUUGACCCGAAUGUGGAUCUGGACUCUCUGGACGAGAGGAUAAAGAUCAGGGAAAUGGUUCUAAAAGGUCAGAUCCAGGAAGCCAUUUCUCUCAUUAACAGCCUUCAUCCAGAGCUCCUUGACACCAAUCGAUACCUCUACUUUCACCUUCAGCAGCAGCAUCUUAUUGAGCUGAUCCGUUUGCGGGAGACUGAGGCUGCGCUGGAGUUUGCCCAGUCACAGCUGGCUGAACAGGGGGAAGAGAGCAGAGAAUGUCUUACUGAGAUGGAGCGCACCUUGGCACUGCUUGCUUUCGAUAACCCUGAGGAAUCACCAUUUGGAGACCUGCUCAACAUGAUGCAAAGACAAAAGGUGUGGAGUGAAGUGAACCAGGCUGUUUUAGACUAUGAGAACAGGGAAUCUACUCCAAAAUUAGCAAAGCUCUUAAAGCUCUUACUUUGGGCUCAGAACGAACUGGACCAGAAAAAAGUAAAAUACUCCAGAAUGACAGACAUCAGCAAGGGCACCAUUGAGGGCCCCAAGUAGAGACUGUAAACCACAUGGACAAAUUUGUAAUUUUUUCCUAUUUAUAAUCAGUCAGUGACUGGAUGGCAAAUAUGUAUCUAUAUUUCUUGAUGCUUCUGUAAAAAGUAAAACUUAAGGGGAUAAUAAAUAACCAGUGAAAAUUCAUCAUUUACUCACACCUGUAUGACUUUGUUUUAUUUUCCAUAUAUACUGCAGGGUGAUUAAAUGAUUACAAUUUUCAACUAAAUCUAUAAGAAACUGUACAUGUUUUUUUUUUCAAAUAGAACCAUACUGAUUGAAAACAGUAAAGCUAAAAUGUAUUGUUAUCUAAUUAUAAUAAAGUGGCUAGCAUAUUUUUAAAGAACAUGGAAUAUUCUUAUUGUUCUACUUUUUGGUUUUUAGAAAAAAAUCUACACUGUUUCUGAAUUAUAUUUAUUUUUACACACAUUGAUUGUCCAUCAAUGUUAUGUCAUUAUGCCAAAAUUAAAUUGGGUUUUUUUAAGACAUUGAUAUCAUCUUCUGGUUGGAAAGAGAAGUCUUCAUUGUUGAUAACCCCAACGUUGUUCCUUGAGGGCACCUAUCUGCAUAUUUUAGUUUCAACCCUACCCCAUGCACCUGCCUUUAAUUUCGUGUUUAGCCCUGAACAACUUGAUUUGCAGGUUCAGGUAGAGUAGGGUUGGAACUAAAAUAUGCAGGACAGGGUCCCUCCAGGAACAACUUUGGUGACCCAUGCCCUAGAGACUAUAAUGUAAUUUAUUUGACUUGGACAGUGCUUUUAUUAUUUAUUUUAUUUUUCAAUGUUUUUAAAUAAAUUCCUUCUAAAGUACUUUC